AUGGCUAAUGCUUCGUGUGCUAUACUUCCGUUGUUGGGCCGCCACGACGACCAAGAUCUUUCAAAAUAUAGCCCUUCCUCCAUAACCACCCAGAACGUUGCUCCAUACGAUCCUUCAGGUUCGCCCUUGGCCGCGCACUCGUCUGUAACGACUGCCUCGUCCUCUCGCAUGAGCCACGCAUCUUACGAGUCGAGUCAGAGAGGCUCAGUCGGCGGCGACGAUCGCGAGGUUGGCGCGUUGGGCCAGAUCCCAUGGGGUCCUGGUUCCCCCUCUAUGCACGCGGCUGUUCCCCCGAGUGCUACCACUACUGUCGCUACUACUACGACUUCUUACGUCCAAUCGGCUGCACAUCCCCAAAGACCCUAUGUGCCACCUCUCAAUUUGCAACCCCACAUGCUUUCCCUCUCAUCCCCUGUGGCAGCUCCAGGAGACGCCAUCCACGCGCCUUACAGCAACUAUCAGUCGUACCCUGGAUCUGAAGUAGGUUCUUACGCGUAUUAUCCCAUCGCCAGUCCUGUUCUUUCCGAGCAUCCACAGUAUACAUACCCUGGCCAUCAGCAUCCCGCGGUUGAGCAUCAAAACCAGCAAAUUGCCCCUCUCCCCAGCUCAUACGGGUCUCCUCCGAUGAUGUACAGCUCCCCACUAUCUCCUCACGCUCAGACUGCUGUUUACGCACAUGCUCACCAGAUGGCAAGGCGGCCCUCGUUGGGCAUGUUCUACCCGUACGACUAUACUCCGCCUACACCACCGAUGCAAUCGCCCAUUGCUCCAUAUUCCUACCACCCGACGACAGCGGCCCCGCUUCUCUCGAUGGUCAUGAGGUGCGGCUGCUCAGGCUCGGCAGCGUCCUCGGCUGGCCAAUUGCAAACCACCUUCAAGUCCGGCACCACUAAUUCGAACGUCAAUCGACGCAAUAAUAACAACGGCAAUAGCGUAUCGACACUUUACUCGACUUCUGGCGCCAGCCUAGCCUCAUCGACUUCUUCGGGUUUGGGUCGAGCGUCCAGCGGCCGCCAGCCCCUUCAACGCACGAAUACGAUCACUAUUGCCUCUGGUAAUGCGAACGGCAGUGGUUCUAACACGCCCCUACUCUCGGAAUUCAAAGGACAAAAGUUCAAGCGGUACGAGCUCAGGACGGUUCAUAACGCCGCUCAAACCUCCAACGACAUCAUUGGCCACAUCGUCGAAUUCAGUACCGACCAGCACGGAUCACGUUUCAUUCAACAAAAGUUCGAUUCUGCCACGCAAGAUGAACGCCAAACCAUCUUCGAUGAGAUUGUUCCAGCGGGACACGGCCUACCAUUGAUGAGGGACGUCUUUGGCAACUAUGUCAUCCAGAAGAUGCUAGAGUACGGGUCAGCUCUUCACAGGACAAUGUUGUGUGGCGUGAUGGAAGGAAAUAUCCUUCAUUUAUCAUUGGACAUGGACGAUCCUCUGACGAUCAUAUAUCUGCAGGCGAUCGAAUGUAUCACCCUCCAACAACAGUCGAAUAUCGUCGCGGAACUCAAUGGACACAUUCUUCAAUGCGUCAAAGACGCUAACGGCAAUCAUGUUAGUAGCACGAUUCGUCUAUCACUUCCCAUUUAUCCGCCUUUCCGCUAUACCCUAGUCAUUCAAAAGAUGUUGGAACGUGUAGCAGCUGAACGAAUUACGUUCAUUAACGCGUUCACGGACAACGUGUACAAUCUCGCGACUCAUCCCUACGGCUGCCGAGUCCUCCAACGUUGUUUCGAGUAUUCGUCGCAAGAACAAACGAAGCCUCUCAUGGAGGAGAUUCAUCAGAAUGCAAUGGCAUUGAUGCAGGAUCAGUUCGGGAACUACGUGAUCCAAUUCGUCCUGGAAAAGGGUACCCCCCAGAACCGCGACCGCCUUAUCGAUGCGCUCCGCGGCCACCUUCUCAUCAUGGCCAAACACAAGUUCGCAUCUAACGUGUGCGAGAAGGCAUUUGCGGUGGCGGACUCUCACCGCAUGCGCCUCUACGUCGAGGAGAUGAUCACCCCUGACGCUAAUGGCGUGACCCCCGUGACAACCAUGAUGAAGGAUCAGUAUGCCAACUACGUACUCCAGAAGGCAAUCAACCUCGUCGAAGGCGAUCUCCUCGAUUCCCUCGUCAACUUUGUCCUCCCUCAGUUGGUCAGCAUGAGGCGCAACCCCGCCAUGUUCAAUAUCAAGCAGCUCGCUAGCAUCGAGAAGCUACUCAAGGAGAAGGGCGUCGGCGUUGAGUCCUUCCAGCUUCAUCUCCCCGCUCAAGUGUUAAAGGAGUCCGAAGAGGGAGGUAUCUCCUCAGGAGAUAGCGCGCCGACAUCCGGCACACCCACCCCAUAG